AUGGCGGGCCAGAUGUUCACACAGCCGCGAAACCAUUCCCCGUUUAUGUCGUCAAAACCGCAAAAAUGCAGAACAUAUGCCCCAUCGGCCCUCACAAGAUGGCAGUGGGCAUCAGCGAGUUUCGCCGUGGUAUCCUCAUCUGCUCCUAGGCUUACGUCAAACCUGUCUCAUCCUCAGGAUCCUUUCGGCCCUCAAACUGCUGGACAUAGCCCGGUGUUGUGGGAUUGUGAACGCAAUCCACAAGUUUUUCUCAAGGGCGGGGCUCGAGAUAAAAUUCUAGUGGGUACGGACUUCCUCAACGCUCCUAGCAUCGCAAAGACUAUGAAGGUGAAAGAGCUGGCGAGUGCUGAUUGA